AUGCAUUAUGUUUAGGAAAGUAGUGGUUACAGAAAAUCAGUACGAACCAGUUUAUCUUCUAGUAGAAAUCAAUAAAAAAAGAUCAAAACUAGUUAAUAAUGUGAAGACAUUUUACUUAAUAUAAACUCAAUGAUGAACAAAUUAGAUUAUUUGUAGAAGGCAAUAGAAAAUAGAAAUUAUGAAACAAAAGUACAAUUAAAGAAAUACACACCUCAAAACUCUUAUAAUUAGGGUAUAUAGAACUUGAGUAAUAAUAACAAAAGAGCUUCUUUUAGUCGAGAUAAGGAAAAUAACAAUGAAAAAUUGAAUUGUCAUAAUUUGAUGAAGCAAUUUGAAAACUAGAAAAAUUAGCAAUAUACAAAAGUUGACUUUUCUCGUAGAAGAUCUUUUGCUAAUUGA